AUGGAGACCGUCAAGAACGCCGCCAACUACGUCUCUGAGACCAUCCAGGGCACCGGUGCCACUGCUCAGAAGGAGACCAACAAGAACGUUGCUAAGGACUCCGACGCCAGCCUCGGCACCCGCGCUGAGGCCGCCAAGGACGCCGUCGUCAACAAGAAGGACGAGACCGUCCACGACACCAAGGCCGACACCCACAAGGAGGCUGCCAAGCACUAA